AUGGGUUUUCAAGUGUUUGUGCCUUUCAGUCCCUGGAGCUGGUUGCUAUUGCUGGUGGCCCUCAAGUGUCCUGAAGCAUCUUCUGAUUUGAACGAAUCCACAAAUUCCACUGCCCAGCGUGAACCUAACGUUCGGUUUGCUGCUGCAGGCUCAGAGCCAGAUGAGAAGAUAUCUGUUUUUGCACUGGAUUAUGACUAUGUGCAAAUUCCUUAUGAGGUCACCCUCUGGAUACUUCUAGCAUCCCUUGCAAAAAUAGGCUUCCAUCUUUACCACAGACUGCCAGGCCUUAUGCCAGAAAGCUGCCUCCUCAUCAUCGUUGGGGCUCUGGUGGGCGCCAUCAUCUUUGGCACUGACCAUAAAUCUCCUCCUGUCAUGGAUUCAAGCAUCUACUUCCUGUAUCUCCUUCCACCCAUUGUCCUGGAGGGUGGUUACUUCAUGCCCACCCGGCCCUUCUUUGAGAACAUUGGCUCCAUUUUGUGGUGGGCAGGCCUGGGGGCCCUGAUCAAUGCUUUUGGCAUUGGCCUCUCCCUCUACCUCAUCUGCCAGAUCAAAGCCUUUGGCCUCAGUGAUGUCAACCUGCUUCAGAACCUGCUGUUUGGUAGCCUGAUCUCGGCUGUGGACCCUGUGGCCGUGCUGGCUGUGUUCGAGGAGGCACGUGUGAACGAGCCGCUCUACAUGAUGAUCUUCGGGGAGGCCCUUCUCAAUGACGGCAUUAGUGUGGUCUUAUACAAUAUAUUAAUUGCCUUCACAAAGAUGCAUAAAUUUGAAGACAUUGAGCCCGUCGACAUUUUGGCUGGAUGUGCCCGAUUCGUUAUUGUGGGGGUUGGGGGCGUCUUUUUUGGUGUCAUUUUUGGGUUCAUUUCUGCGUUUAUCACACGUUUCACUCAGAAUAUCUCUGCAAUCGAACCACUCAUCGUCUUCAUGUUCAGCUACCUGUCUUACUUAGCCGCCGAGACACUCUACCUCUCUGGCAUCCUGGCGAUCACGGCCUGCGCGGUAACAAUGAAGAAGUAUGUAGAGGAAAACGUGUCUCAGACGUCCUACACGACCAUCAAGUAUUUCAUGAAGAUGCUGAGCAGCGUCAGCGAGACCCUGAUCUUCAUCUUCAUGGGCGUAUCCACCGUUGGAAAGAACCACGAAUGGAACUGGGCCUUCAUCUGUUUCACCCUGGUCUUCUGCCAGAUCUGGAGAGCCAUUAGCGUAUUUGCUCUCUUCUAUGUCAGUAACCAGUUUCGGACUUUCCCCUUCUCCAUCAAGGACCAGUGCAUAAUUUUCUACAGUGGUGUCCGAGGAGCUGGAAGUUUUUCACUUGCAUUUUUGCUGCCUCUGUCUCUUUUUCCUAGGAAGAAAAUGUUUGUCACUGCUACUCUUGUAGUUAUAUAUUUUACUGUAUUUAUUCAGGGAAUUACAAUUGGCCCACUGGUCAGGUACCUGGAUGUUAAAAAGACCAAUAAAAAAGAAUCCAUCAACGAAGAGCUUCAUAUUCGCCUGAUGGAUCACCUGAAAGCUGGAAUUGAAGAUGUGUGUGGGCACUGGAGCCACUACCAAGUGAGAGACAAGUUUAAGAAGUUUGAUCACAGAUAUUUACGGAAAAUCCUAAUCCGAAAGAACCAGCCCAAAUCAAGCAUUGUCUCUUUGUACAAGAAGCUGGAAAUGAAGCAAGCUAUUGAGAUGGUAGAAACUGGGAUCCUCAGUACCGCAGCCUUUUCCAGUCUCACAGAGUGCCCAAGGAUACACAGAAUCAAAAGGCUUUCCCCUGAAGACGUGGAAUCCAUGAGAGACAUCCUGACACGCAAUAUGUACCAAGUUCGACAAAGGACCUUGUCCUACAACAAAUACAACCUCAAACCCCAAACGAGCGAGAAGCAGGCUAAAGAGAUUCUGAUCCGCCGCCAGAAUACCUUAAGGGAGAGCAUGAGGAAAGGCCACAGCCUGCCAUGGGGAAAGCCGGGUGGUACCAAAAACAUUCGUUACCUCUCCUUUCCCUAUGGCCACCCUCAGCCGGCAGGAAGAGACACGAGGGUUGCUGAACUCACAGACAAUGACAGCAGCGAUUCAGAACUCCCAUCCAUCAUGUUCAAAGCACACUCUCGAGCAGGGAUACUUCAGGAAAGACGGCUGACGCAAGAGAUAAUCCCAAUGAAGAGCUUACCCGGAGGAGGGAAACCAUCCCACUUCGGUUAUCAGAGAAACACCAGCCAAGAAGAGCAUGAUGGAAGAGGCAGAAGGGAGGCGCUACGGCCCAAACCGCUGUUCCACGCGGUAGAUGAGGAGUUUGAAUCUGGAGAGGACAGUGGAGAGGAGACCUCAGCAGUCAGAUCCAGAUGGUCAGGGGAGCACAGACCCACUAGGCAACAUCACAGGUCCCACAGUCCUUUGCUCCAAAGAAAAUAGUUUCAUCAUCCACACAGUAGUCUCCAUGUAUUUCAAGAGUCCAUUUUCCUAUUGUUGUGGAAGAAGGAGUUUUAGAGUUACGAAGAGAGCUACUGAGUUUAUUUUUUGGAGCCUAUGAGCCAUACAUGUAUAAGAGGCACGGAGAUUUUUUUGGAGAAAAACGUGGAACAAACUUGCAGGCUCUGCUGUAUUCUUAGCUGGUGUACUUUGUAGAUGAAGUCCCCAAGGGUGAUAAAUGUUAAUCAUCACAGGAAUUAUUACUAAAAUUCCUAAAAGUCUGUGA